CGUCAGACCGAGGCUCUGCAUCUGUCCUCGUGCUCCUAGACCUUACAGCUGCUUUUUUUGUUUGGGGUUUUAGGCUGGGUUUCUGUACAGCACUUUGAGAUAUCAGCUGAUGUACGAAGGGCUAUAUAAAUUCAUUUGAUUUGCUUUGAACAAUUUUGAAAAAAUGUAUUUCUUCCAAAAUGAAGGCGAUGCAAGAGAGAAAUAGAGAGAUUUAGUAUUUUUUUCAGUUUCACUUAACAAGCAAAUGCAGCUACAGUAGCUAGUUCAGCCUACUGAAACACCCUCCUCAAACAGGGGGAUACUAUGUUAGCUAGCUGGCUAUGACUAACCUACACAACACUGGAACUCUUCCAAGUCAAGUGGUGUGAGGAUGUCGGGACAGAAGCGUAUGUGUGACUCCAACAUCCCCUCUUCAUCCUCCAGUGCGCCCCCUGAGAAACGGAGGGAGCGAGAGGGAGGAGAGAAUGGGGGUCCAGGGGUCAGCUCAACUGCAGGAGGGAGCACUGCUGUGGAAACAGUCAUCAAACUCGGGGGGGUUUCCAACUCGGAAGAACAGGAUGUCAAAGCUCUCCAGGUGAAGAACAGGAAGUUGGGAGAAUCCCUCGAUCAGAGACAGGUGAUUGAGGAUGAGCUGAGGGAGAGAAUCGAGAGACUGGAGACUCGUCAAGCUACUGAUGACGCAAGCCUACUGAUCCUGAACAGAUACUGGAAUCAGUUUGACGACAAUGUGUGCCUGAUUGGAAGGCGCUACGAUGAGUCAGGGAGCGAGUCUGUGGAAACCCCGGCUGGAGAGGGGAGGAGCCUCAAGCCUGACACCCCAGAACCCGACGGCGACUCCAACCAGGAGAGAGCCAAAGACCGAGGCCACCAGGGGGAGACGACCACAUCUUUCCUGGCGACGCUGGCCAGCAGCAGCAGUGAGGAGAUGGAGGCAGAGCUGCAAGAGAGGGUGGAGUCCAGCCAGAAGCAGGCCAACCGCGUGGUGGAGAUCUACGACAGCCUGAAGACCACCGUGGAGCAGCUAAAGAAGGACCAGGACUCUGGAGCAGAGGGCUCCGUGUGGCAGGUCGCCGCCCAGCUCAACACCCUCCUGUCCAGUGAAAAUGACCGGCUGCGUCAGCUGACUGAGGACCUUCAGCAGAAGCACAGUCACAUGACUAGCGAGUCUCGUUCUCUGGGCAGGGCAGUGGCGAGGGCAGACACGCGGGUCAGUGAGCUGCAGGGCCUCAUCGAGGAGCUCCAGUGGGACAUGGAGAAGAUCCGACGCAGAGAGAACCGCCUCAACACACACCUGGGAGAAAUCCUGGAGAGGGUAAACAGUAAAGGCUACAAGGUGUGUGGGGAGGCCAGCAGUGUGUGUGGAACCAUUACUAUCAACAAGAGAAAGUUUGAGGAGAUGAACAGUGAGUUGGAGGAGAACAGGGAGCUGGCGGAGAACCGUCUGAGCGAGCUGCAGCGGCGGCAGCAGGACCUGCAGACGUUUAACCAGGAGAACAACAACAUGAAGGUGAGCCUGCAGAGCCUGACCCAGAGCCUGGGCCGCCAGAAUCCUAUGGCUCUCUCCCCCAACCCAGCCAUUGGAUUAGCUGAGGUCCCACGUCCUUAUUCAGCCAUCCAAACCAGUCAAAUGAAGGUGGAGUUGUUGAGUCGUGCUGAGGGGGUGGUGAGGGAGAGCUCAGAGUACCGCUGUCUCCAGUCCCAGUUCUCUGUCCUCUACAACGAGUCUGUGGGCCUCAAGUCUCAGCUGGACGAGACGCGCACACGCCUCAACACCACCAGGACGGCACGCCUCCGACAGCUAGAACACAUGGAGAAUGACGAGGUGUCUCUCCAGAGGAAGGUGCGUACUGAGGUGUUCCAGCUAGAGGACACUCUAGCCCAGGUCAGGAAGGAGUAUGAGAUGCUCCGGAUCGAAUUUGAACAGACCCUCGCUGCCAACGAACAAGCAGGUCCUAUCAACAGGGAGAUGCGUCACCUGAUCAGCACCCUGCAGACACACAACCAGCAUAUGAAGGGAGAGGUUGUGAAAUACAAACUGACACUCAGAGAGGCACAGACUGACCUCAGCCAGGCUCGUACUACGAAGGGCAGUGCUAUCCUUCAAUCACAAUCCAGUACGGAGCUGGACCUGAAGGAAGAGACCACCUCCCCCCUGACGCCCGCUGCCUCUGCUGAUGUCACCAUCAAGAUGGAGUCUGACAAUGGUUCAGCCACGCCCACCAGCACUAGUACCUCAGUGAAGACAGAGCCUGGGACAGAAACAGAGGGAGAAAUCAAAGAGGAGGAGAAAGAAAAAGAGGUGAAGAAAGAGAAGGAAAAGGAACGAGACAGGGAGAGAGAGAGGCCAACCCGUGGAGGGGGUGGGACCGAGGAGAAGGAGAAGGCUGGGACCAGCAACCAAUUGGAAGAGGUUGCUCCGGAGCGCACGUUUGUGAUUGGAGGACCGAAGAGGAAGGAGGUGGAGCAACUGAAAAUUGUCCGGGCGGAGCUAAAGAAAGCCCAGGAGUCUCAGAGGGAGAUGAAGCUACUGCUGGAUAUGUACCGUUCCGCGCCCAAAGAGCAGAGGGACAAAGUCCAGCUCAUGGCUGCUGAGAAGAAGGCCAAGUCAGAGGCAGAGGAGCUGAAGCAGCGUCUAAGGGAUCUGGAGGAGAGGGAGAGGAGGGAGGGGAAGAAGAUGGCUGAUGAGGAGGCACUCCGGAAGAUCUGCUCUGUCGAGGAACAAAUCAACAUCCUCAACAAGAAGCUCUCCCUGGCCAAGCAGGAGGAGGAUGCGUUGCUGAGUGAGAUGGACGUGACGGGCCAGGCCUUUGAGGACAUGCAGGAGCAGAACAUCCGGCUGAUGCAGCAGCUCAGGGAGAAGGACGACGCCAACUUCAAGCUGAUGUCGGAACGCAUCAAGUCCAACCAGAUCCACAAGCUGCUCAAGGAAGAGAAGGAGGAGCUCGCCGACCAGCUGCUCACGCUCAAAACGCAGGUGGAUGCCCAGCUGCAGGUGGUGAGGAAGCUGGAGGAGAAGGAGCGCCUCCUCCAGGGCACGAUCGGUACUGCAGAGAGAGAGCUGGCUCUGAGGACACAAGCUCUGGACAUGAACAAACGCAAGACCCAGGAGUCAACAGUGCUGUCGGAGGAGGUGCGUAGUCAGCUGGACCAGGUGCAGCAGAGACUGGGCACCGUCAGGGAGGAGGUCAUUGAGAACAGCAUCUCCAAAGAGAAGCAGUCCUUCAAUGCACGCCGCGCACAGGAGGACAUCUCCAAACUGCGGAGGAAGAUCGAGAAGGCCAAGAAACCCGCAGAGACCGUCCGCAACGGCGAUGACAUCCUCAAUGAGGAAAUCAACGAUUACAAGGCUCGUCUGACCUGCCCGUGCUGUAACUCCCGGGUAAAGGACGCCGUCCUGACCAAGUGUUUCCACGUCUUCUGCUUCGAGUGCGUCAAGACACGCUACGACACGCGCCAGAGGAAGUGCCCCAAGUGCAACGCCGCCUUCGGUGCCAACGACUUCCACCGCAUCUACAUCGAAUAGAGAGGGAGGGGGGACCUAAAUGCAGGGAGCAUAGGGGGUAGGAUAGUAGUGCCUGGAGGUCAGCAGUGUCCACACAGGCUUUCUCUCCAGCUGAACAAAACUGUCUUUUAUCACCCCCGCUACUAGCGUGUGAGAUGGAAUGAGACUGGACACGUGUGGAAAUCUGUGAAUAUCGGCUGGACAUGUAAUAAAUAUGGACACCGUGCGCUCUGAUUGGCUAGGUGGAAUUUCCGCCAUGUUGCUGGGGGGGGGCUGCUUAGGGUUGUUUCUGGACUGGUCCUACAUUACUGUGUCUUAUAGAGAUCAUGAUCAUGGUUAUAUUUGCUGGCUGUGCUCUGCCUGGCUGGCUGGCUGGCUGGCUGGAAGGAAGGAAAGCCUUUAGGAGACACUGUGCCUGUGGCUCAAUACUAGGGUUACAGUACAUAUGGCCUUUUUGUGGGGGAAAAGUGAGGUUUGACUUGAAGGGUUUGACUUGAAGCUUUUCCAUAGUUGACUGUAGCUAUUGGUGUUUAUUAAAAAAAUACUAUCGCCCUCUCCCUUUUUUUGGGAUGGACUAGAUCAUUACAGACCUUUCACUGAAUUCUAGUCCUGAAGGGCUGCAGUGAUGCACUGAAGACCCUAAUAACCUUUUUAUAAUAACUGAUAUUUUCAGCUUCUCUCUCCUCAGUACUCCUACGGCUCCUGCCCCAUGGAACUAAACACCAGAUAACCUUCUGGGGGGCCACUCUGGCUCUAGUUUUAGACUGGUGUGGUGUCUGUCCGUCGGCAUGUCUGCUUACACGUGUGUGUGUGUGUGUGUGUGUGUGUGUGUGUGUGGGAGAAAGAAAAACGGACUAAUCGUUUGCUUAGAUGGUUAGAAAAUCAACGGUGAGUCCCUUGAUCAGCAUGCACCCUUGUGUGACCAGUCAAUGUUUUCCUUGCAUUUGUAUGCAUGUAUUUAAAAAAAAAAAAAAAAAAAAAAAAAAAAAUUGAAAGCUGCCUCUUCGGGGACACACUGACGGGCUACAAAUACCAUGAAUUGAUGCUAAUGUGUAAUGUUGCUGCUCCACAAGUUAUUAAACUGCCAUCAAAACGAGAUACUUGUCUUGCGAUUAGUUAUUUUUCAGUCUAGUUUGUGCAUUUUAUAAGCUACAUAGCCUAUUCAUUAUCAUCAAAAUCAUAUUUCUGUUUUAACCUUUAACAUGUGUUGAGACCACAAAUUCCAGUGUGCAAAUCUCAACCUUUCUUAUUAUACAGUGCCUUCUGAAAGUAAUCACACCCCUUAACUUUUUCCACAUUUUGCUGUUACAAAGUGGGAUUAUAAUUUAUUUAAUUGUCAUUUUUGUUGGAACAAUCUACACCAAAUACUCUGAAAUGUGAAAGUGGGAGAAAAAUUCAGACUUAUGAAAUAUUAAACUAAUAUAUCUUGAUUAGAUAAGUAUUCACCCCCUGAGACAAUACAUUAGAAACACCUUUGGCAGUGAUUAUAGCUGUUUAAGUCUUGCCAUGCAUAGUCAAGUGCUAGUGCUUAGCUGUAUUUUGUUUAUUUGCAUCCACCCAAAAAAAACUCCUUAGUCCUUGCCAAAGACAAGCAUACCCAUAACAUGAUGCAGCCACUCCUAUGCUUGAAAAUAAGACAUGGUACUCAGUGAUGUGCUUUGUAUUCAGGACAAAAAGUGCAUUUCUUGGCUACAUUUUUGUAGUGUUACUUAAGUGUGUUGUAAGAAACAGGAUGCAUGUUUUGGAACAUUUUUAUUCAGUGCAUGAUUCCAUAAAGGUUAGUAUUGUGGAGUAGCUUAUAUGUUGUUAAACCAUCCUCAGUUUUCUCAUAUCACAACCAUUAAACUCAAACUGUUUUAAAAUCA